AAAUGGAACCAGAAUUAUCUCGACUGUCGACUUUAAUGCAGCAGGACAGACGUCGACUGUCGCUGAUGACUGAGCAGGCUGCUCGACAGUCGGUGAUUUUCCAGCAGCCCAGGGGGUCCGUCGCGUCCCGGGGAGUAUCGCCAUCCUCGGACUCGCUAACCGAGAUGCAGAGGAGAAAGAUGUCUGUCAAGUCCCUCCGAAGGAAGUCUAUUAAUCCCCGUCUAGAUCCGCCACCCGGUUUGGAGGGACUUACUGAUAAGGGCUUCAUUUAUAUAAGGCAACAGAUGGAGUCCGACUUAAGAGGAGGUUGUGGGGCAACAAACACAUACAAGAUCUGGAACGAAAGAGAGGAGGAAUUAUUCUACGUACUGGAAGACGCCAGUUGUAUUUGUCGCUGGUUUUGUGGUCCAAAUCGACAAUUUCGACUGGAUUUCUUCACACCUCAGGACGACCUCGUUUUCACUCUGUACCGGAAGUCCUGUCGAUGUGACUGGUGCUGCUGCUUGGACUGUGUUUUGUGUAACCACAAAGUUUAUGUCGUAGACUGCCUUAACAGAACACUGGGAUCCAUUAAACAGAAAUUUGGAGUUUGUCAGGGAAAUUUUGAAGUUCUGGACAAUGAUGGUGAAACCGUCGCCAAAAUAUUUGGACCUUGCUGUAUCUUUCGAUGCUGUACAGAGAUUACUUUCGAG